GCAACGUCACGGGCCAGGGCCGCCAUUUUGACUGAGCAACCAUAGUGACAGGAGCCGAAGCAGCAGCGCAGGUUGUCCCCGUUUCCCCUCCCCCUUCCCUUCUCCGGUUAACUACCCGGGUCCCCUACACUCCACAGUCCCAGUCCCGUCAUGUCCCAGAAACUAGAAGAAGAGAACCCUGCGGAGGAGACCGGCGAGGAGAAGCAGGACACGCAAGAGAAAGAAGGUAUUCUCCCUGAGAGAGCUGAGGAGGCAAAGCUAAAGGCCAAAUAUCCAAGUCUAGGACAAAAACCUGGAGGCUCUGACUUCCUCAUGAAGAGACUUCAAAAAGGGCAAAAGUACUUUGACUCAGGAGACUACAACAUGGCCAAAGCCAAGAUGAAGAAUAAGCAGCUGCYGAGUGCAGGACCAGACAAGAACCUGGUGACUGGUGACCACAUCCCCACCCCACAGGAUCUGCCCCAGAGAAAGUCCUCACUCGUCACCAGCAAGCUUGCGGGUGGCCAAGUUGAAUGAUGCUGCCUGGGGCUCCGCCAGAUCCUGAGACGCUGCCCUCCUGGGUCCUGUGCUGGCUCCUGCCCCUCCCUGCUUUUGCAGCCAGGGGUCAGGAGGUGGCUUGGGCACGGGCUGGAGAGGCAGAAGCCCCUGCCCAUUGGUGUCCCAGCACAUGGAGCCCCUUGGGCUGAGCACCAAGACCUUGAACCUUUUUUGUUUUACCUUUUUUUCCAAAUAACUGUUGAGAAAUCUCAAUGAAAUCUCAUGGAUGGGGUUGAGAGGGUGGGUGGGAGAUUUGGGAUUUAGAGUUGAUAAAAACAUUCCUGACAAUCCUCCCUCUUAACCCAGUGGCUAAUGUGGGGAGAUAUGAGGGGGAGGAAGUGGAGUAGACUAAUGAUAAGGGGUUCUAAUUCAGCUCUGUAGACAGAUGCCUAGUGUGGAUAAACAGGCUGUUGAUGUACACAGAGCAGAUAGGCCCUCUGGUUCUGCAGAGCAAGACUCAAUGUUAAUUGUUCAUUUAARAAAAAAAAAAAGUGCUUUCCUUGAAAUAGAUUUGCUAUUUCAAUAGGGUAGUGAAUGUUGGGGAAAGGAGCCAUGAGUGUGGGGAGCCCCACUGAGCCCAGGGGACUUUUUCAGUGUUUGAAAUAAAAAAACAACAAAAAAAGACCCAUGAAAAAACCUAACCCAGAAAUACUCUGAAGCAGUUGGUGUGUUUAUUGGGGUUUGGGAAGGGGAAGAAAACCAGUGUGAAAACACUGUUCAGGGGAAAAGCUGGUGGGUGUCCCAGAGUUUCUAAGGAACACAGAGACCUUUAAUAUGGGAUAUGGCUGGGCUGCCUGUUUCCAUCAUGUAGGAAAAGGGAGCAUUCCUUUGGCAUACAGACUUUUCUUAACCCCUAUACAUUUCUUAAGAUGCAUCAAACAAAUGUAAGGUAUUUGAUCCAAAUGGCUUGUUGACAUAAAGCUUAGUCUAGACUCGGCAAAAAAGGAAGCCUAUUCUUCCUUUUCCCUUUCAACUAUCUUUUCCUUUGCAAGUUCCCAUGCCUGUGAAGAAGAAAUGUGUACUAUUAGUAAUAAACCAAAAGAAAUUAAGUCUUUCUGCUUGUGGUCAGCAGAAGGCAGAGUGACUUCUUUCAUCAUGACWUGCCAACCUGCAUUUCUGGAAUCCUGCCACUGAAAGGAGUUAAAAGCUGCUUGUGAAUGAAAGGUACUAAAGAAACAUUAGCAAGGGAGAAACAACUCAGCUGCCCCUCCCUUCCACCACGCAUCCGCAUCCCCCAACCACUGGCCCAUUUAGCCUUCCUUUGAUUAGGAGAGUUGAUCAUGGUUUUUUGGGCAAAUGUGRUUAGCUUUUGUACUGCUUAUGCUGUGUGAGAUAAACAAGGUCUGGGAGACAGAUAUUCUAGAGAAAUCCCCAUUGUGUUAAGGGAUGGGGAGCACCUUGGAAACUGACAAAGGAAUCUUGUUUUCAGCAUCUGGCUGUUCCUACCUGC